AUGCUCUUUAAUACUUCUGAUUGUGGUUCUUUUUCACAGAAAUGCCUGUCGAAACGUUUUAAUGUCUCCCAGAAGUGUCUUGAUCUGAGCAGCAUCCACACUGAUCCAGCCUUGGUUUCUGAGAAUAUUCAGGUGACAUUAAACCAAAACAAAUGCGUGCGGGCUGUGUUAGAAAUCAUUGAGGAGAAUAUUCCAGGGUUGUCGUGUUUGAAUCUGAGCAACAACAAGCUGUUUCACCUGACUGAUCUUGCAGAUCUGGUGCAGAAAACCCAGAGUCUGAAGUCACUGAAUCUGUCUUGUAAUGAGCUAAGGUCUGAGGAGGAGCUCGACAAUCUGAAAGGUCUCGGACUGGUUGAACUUUGGUUGGACAGAAACCCUCUGUGUGAUUGUUUUGAUGAUCAGACCUCGUAUAUCAGGGCACUGCGUGAGCGAUUUCCCAGGCUUUGUAAACUGGAUGGUCAUGCACUUCCACCUCCUAUCAGUUUUGGUAUUGAAACCAGCACAGUUCUUCCUCCCUGUAAGGGCAGCUAUUUAGUCUCAGAUGAAAUCAUGGGUGUCAUUCAGCGCUUUCUACAACAGUAUUACAGCCUGUAUGACUCUGGAAACAGACAGCAGCUGAUGAACGCUUAUCAUGAUGGAGCCAGUUUCUCUAUCAGCCUGCCACCCUUAACCAAUCCCACUAGGUGCAUGUUAGCAGAGUAUCAUGACGCUAACCGCAAUCUUAAGCAGAUCACUGAUUCAUCCACACGGAUACGCAACCUAAAACGCUCCCGGCUCAAUGUGGUCGCCUAUCUCAAUGAACUGCCGAAGACCCAGCACGACAUGAGUUCAUUUACUGUGGAUGUCAAUACGUAUACGAACUCUCUGUUAGCGUUCACAGUGAGUGGACUGUACAAAGAUGUUAUUGGUGGAUCGAAACAAGCUGUGAGGGGAUUUAGUAGAGUAUUUAUCACAGUUCCUGCUCCGAAUUCUGGUCUGUGCAUAGUCAAUGAUGAGCUCUACGUGAGGACAGCCACAUCUGUGGAGAUUGAGCGAGCAUUUACAGCACCACCAGCCCCGACCCCCUCAAGCAGCCACCCAGUGUCCACCCUGUCGGCAUCCCAGCAAGAAAUGCUCUCUGCCUUUUCACAGUGCUCACAGAUGAACCUGCAAUGGUCUCAAAAAUGUCUGCAGGAUAAUGCAUGGGAUUAUCACCGAGCUGCACAGAUUUUUACAGAACUGAAGGAACAAGGAAAGAUUCCUGAAGCAGCGUUCAUAAAGUAAAUAAUUGAAAUUCAUAUUAAAAUACAUGUUUUUAUUUGUUGUUUGACAUUAAAUUUGUGAUGCCAGACUGAAGUGAAACGCAGAGAUUUGUUUUAUAUUGUUUUAUUUUGUGUUUCAUUUAUUCUUUAAAGGACUAUACCUCAGAUUGUACUUGAAUAAAUAACACAAUGCCACUGAUUCUUUGUUAUUUUUAAAAAGCACUUUUUCUGUUUUAAUUGUCAUGUUCAUGGUACAUGUGUUUUUGUUUUACUUAAUAGUAAUAAAUGCUUACAUGGAUGUUUACAUGGAAAUAAAGUUUACAUUUAUUGCACAUUUUCU